AUGAUAUAUGGAGGAAUGCGUUCUUUGAAGGCUAUGGUUUGUGAGACUUCUGUUCUUGAUCCUGAUGAGGGAAUUCGUUUCCGUGGUUAUUCUAUACCUGAAUGUCAAGAAAAGUUACCUAAAGCUGCUGGGGGAAGCGAGCCUUUGCCUGAAGGAAUUUGGUGGUUGUUGUGUACUGGAGAUAUUCCUGAUCAGAAACAAGUAAAUGCAAUCAGUAAGGAAUGGGCAGCACGUGCAGAUUUGCCUGAUCAUGUUGCUCAAUUGCUUGAAACUACGCCACCAAAUCUCCAUCCAAUGGCACAAUUUGUUGCGGCAAUUGCAGCAUUGCAGACUGAAUCUAAAUUUGCGCAAGCAUAUUCUAAGGGUGUAGCAAAGAGUACUUACUGGGAGUAUACUUAUGAGGAUUCAAUGAACUUACUUGCAAAAUUGCCUACUAUUGCAGCUACUAUUUAUAGAAAUCUUUAUCGUGAGGGAACAUCUGUGGGAGUUAUUGACGUCAAUAAGGAUUGGUCUGCUAAUUUCUGUUCGAUGCUUGGUUAUACCGAUCCUGUAUUUGUCGAGUUGAUGCGACUUUACUUGGUUAUUCAUUCUGAUCAUGAAGGAGGAAAUGUGUCUGCGCAUACAUGCCAUUUAGUUGGAUCGGCUCUUUCGGAUCCCUACCUCUCUUUCUCUGCGGCAAUGUCGGGUCUCGCUGGACCUCUUCAUGGAUUGGCAAAUCAGGAAGUUCUCGUUUUCCUCACAAAAUUAGUUGGCGAAGUUGGACACGACUAUACUGAAGAGGAGCUCAAACGAUGGGUCUGGGAUCAUCUCAAGAGUGGAAAGGUCGUUCCUGGUUAUGGACAUGCCGUACUUCGAAAGACCGAUCCUCGCUACACUUGUCAACGUGAAUUUGCUUUGAAACAUUUGCCAAAGGAUCCGCUAUUCAAACUUGUUUCUGACCUCUACAAGAUAACACCAAACAUUCUAUUGGAGCAAGGAAAGGCAAAGAAUCCGUGGCCAAACGUUGAUGCACAUUCUGGGGUUCUUCUGCAAUAUUUUGGAAUGAAAGAGAUGAGUUACUACACCGUCCUUUUUGGUGUUUCUCGAGCUUUGGGUUGCUUAUCACAAAUGAUUUGGGCGCGUGGAAUGGGAUUGCCACUUGAACGACCUAAAUCACACAGUACUGAAGGACUUAUGAAGUUAGCGAAGACAGCAAAAGGAGAGAAAUAA